UAACAUUGGUAGUGAUAGUGGCUAGGUGUGAAGGUGAUUUCAGAGAAUAAGCAGAAACAAAUCGGAAUCGCGUUUUGGGACAAGAGAAAGCGAAAAUGAGCGGACCAGCCAAAAGAGUGGUGGAUGUUGCAUUCAAAGCCGGGAAGAACAUUGAUUGGGAAGGUAUGGCUAAGCUUCUCGUCUCCGAUGAAGCUCGCAGUGAAUUCUCCGGUCUCCGUCGCGCUUUCGACGAGGUUAACAGCCAACUUCAAACAAAGUUCAGUCAGGAGCCUGAGCCGAUUGACUGGGAAUAUUAUAGAAAAGGAAUUGGACCUCGUUUGGUGGAUAUGUACAAGGAGGCUUAUGAGAGUAUGUUUUUCAACUCUAUGGUGAAUGCCUUUUACGUAUAUUUUAGGUUUCUUGAUGGUAUCAGUAUUGGAUAGUUAGGCUGACAUGUUGUUGAUGGUGAUAACAUGAUUGAAUUGAAGGUUUGUUAAAUUGA